AUGCCCCCCUCCGAUGCUCAGGCAGCCGCUCUGUACAAACACGUCCUCGCUCAGAUGGAGUCCAACGUCGAGUUUCUGGUCUCUCAAAACUACAUCUCCUCGAACGAUGCCUCGACCAUUCUGUCCAGGCUGCCCAACAGUCAGAACAGGACCUACAAAGCUUUCGCGGCUGCAGCUGCAUCCCCUUCUCUUCCGAGUCCCACUUUCGCCUCUCCUGUUCUCAAACGUGCCGUCCCUGCUCCUCCACCACCUCCAGCGUAUGUGACCCAGGCGCGAGCGCUAUGGUCGUACAACGAAGGCGCCGAGGACCCUUCUGAUCUCUCGUUCUCUGAGGGAGAUAUCAUCGAAAUCGUGGAAGAAACCAACGCAGACUGGUGGACUGGCAAAGUCAACGGUCGACAAGGUCUUUUCCCAUCCAAUUAUGUAGAGAAGAUAUCUUCCUCCGGCUCCGAGAAGGCGAAUCCGCCAGCCACGGUGCACUCAGUGCCACCCAGCCAGAGUGAGAAAAAGGCCUACAAACCGUUCAUGGCCGCUCGUCACGGAAUCGAUACUCCACCUCCGCCAGGGCAAGGAGCGAAUUCGUUAGGAUUACAGCAAGCGUCUGGUCAAGAGGCGAAGGCAUCGAAGUACGGUGCUUAUAAAAAUACGAUGGCUCAUUCGGCUGCUGCUGGUGUUGGUGCUGGCGCCGGCAUGGCAAUUGGUGGAGGGUUGGUUCGGGCUAUCUUCUAAAGCUUGAGGCAUUUGAGCUUCGACGAAGUCGAACAUAUAUAUGAACGACCAUCGUACAUUCUCUUCUCUUUCAUCGUCUCUUUCAGUUUACCUCUGGGUUUUACGGUGUUUAUACCCUUGUAUCGGUGCGGCAUGAGGUUCUAAGCUCUAUGUACUAGGUUUAUCUAUUAUGAUACCAUACCCACAUAUCCACUCCGC